CCCUAUUUUAGGGGAGAGAACGAAAAAUAAAAUAAAUAACGCUCUCUCUAGCAGUUGCCCUAUUUCCUCCCAGAUCUCUUCCCCGGUCGCCGGACGACGCCUUCCCGCCGCCGCCGUCGCUGCAGUUUCACAGAUAGAUAAGAACAAGAUGGUGAUUAAUGGCGACGCACCUGCAAGAGGGAGUGCAGCAGCUGCGGCAAGCUUGCGCAGACGUAGAACCACCAGCGGUGCUGCUGCUGGAGGUGGUGGUGGCGCCAGUACGAUGCUUCAGUUCUACACUGACGAGGCUGCUGGGCGCAAGAUGUCCCCAAAUGCUGUUCUGAUCAUGAGCAUAGGGUUUGUUGCCGUCGUUGCUGUGCUCCAUGUUUUCGGCAAGCUUUACCGUUAGGUUCCAUAUGCAAGCUGCCCCUAUGAACAGAUGAACCCAUAGACUUAAAUAACUGCAUAGCAAAUGACUGUCGGAUCCUGAAGACAUUUCCAUAUUAGCAUAUAAGUUUAUAUACCUGAUAAUAUAUACUGAGAUGAGACGUUAUGGUCGAAUCCUUGCAAGAAGGUGCUUUGGCUUGUCACU